GAGUGUGCGAGGGGAAAAAUUUGAAGUCAGACAGGAAAGAGUCGCCAGUUGAGAACCGAGGAGCUUUUGGGAUUGUAAAGCCUCUGUGUUUAUCCUCACACACUCGUUAUUCCAGCACGGAGACAUCACAUCACAUCCCCCUAGCCAGCCAGCAUCGGUAGCUAGCCAGCAAUGUGCAUCACACAUAUUUAAAAACAAUCCGGAGCAAAAGCGCGAGCGCCUCUGAAAAUUUAAAAAAUCCGUCUCGCUCUCCGUUUCCUUCAGCCUAACGGUCGCACUCAAAGCAAAACUUGUGAGCCGCAACGACUGUCGAUUUCUAACUUCUUUUUUCGAUUUACCAAGCUUCCUCGGUUGCGUAAAUUGUUUCUGAGUUGGCUGGGAUAGAGUUCUGGAGACCGCAGUUUGACCUAAAACUACCUUACAGCCAAGAGUCACAAAACAUACUGCUGAUGAACAUGGACAUUUGAAAAUAUACCUUCCCAAAAAGCUGCUUGAAUGUCUACCAAAAUGCUCCACGUUGCCAAAAGAGAGACACAGGUGGAACACCAAUGAGACACAUCUAUGCUGCUGCCAUGUUUUCCGGUUUUCCUGUUUAUGUUGACCUUGACCCCUGACCUCCUGCAUACUCUUGGAGAUUGCAGCAUACUUGAUAACAUUCGAAAAGCAUGAAGAAUGGUUGACAACAUCCCCUAAAACAAGGCCACAGAAUGGGUCGAUGAUCCUCUACAAUAGGAAGAAGGUGAAGUACAGAAAGGAUGGCUACUGCUGGAAAAAAAGGAAAGAUGGGAAGACCACGCGGGAGGAUCACAUGAAGCUCAAAGUACAAGGAGUGGAGUGUCUGUAUGGGUGUUACGUCCACUCCUCCAUCAUCCCCACCUUCCACCGCAGGUGCUACUGGCUUUUACAGAACCCAGACAUUGUCCUGGUCCACUACCUGAAUGUGCCAGCUAUCGAGGAUUGUGGGAAACCAUGUGGGCCCAUCCUGUGCUCCAUCAAUACAGACAAGAAAGAAUGGGCCAAAUGGACAAAAGAGGAACUCAUUGGCCAGCUGAAACCCAUGUUUCAUGGCAUCAAGUGGACUUGCAGCAAUGGGAACAGCAGCUCUGGCUUCUCUGUGGAGCAGCUGGUGCAGCAGAUACUGGACAGCCACCAGACCAAGCCUCCUCCCCGGACUCACAACUGCCUCUGCACUGGCACUCUGGGUGCUGGGAGCAGUGUGCAUCAUAAGUGUAACAGCGCCAAACACCGUAUUAUCUCUCCCAAAGUGGACCCUCGUUCUGGUGGUUACAGCAGCACCCACUCUGAGCUCCAGAAUAAUGAUGUGUCUGAGGGCAAGACAGAACACAGCCACAGCAGCAAAAACAGCGGAGGAGCAGGAGGAGGAAGCGUACGUGAAAAACGAAAUGGCAAGGUCCAUAAACCUGCGCUGCUCCACCAGAACAGCACUGAGGUCUCCUCUACCAAUCAGGUGGAAGUGCCAGACACGACCCAGAAUUCCCCUGUGUCCAUCAGCAGUGGGCUGAAUUCUGACCCUGACAUGGCUGACAGCCCAGCGGUCACAGGCAUGGGCCAUGUUGCCUCUGUUAUGGGCAGCCUAUCCCAGAGUGUCUUCAUGUCUGAGGUGACUGGGGAUCCCGUCUACAGCAUGUCCCCCACUGGAGGCCACAAUACCCAUAUUAUGGGCCCCGACGCCACCUCUCACAGUCUGGUAUUAGGAGUCACCUCUGACAGCCACAAGUUUGCCUUUCCAGGAAGCAGCAGUGCAGAUACAGGUGGUCCAGGAGCAGACAGGCUGUCCAUGCUCUCUGCCUCUGGCGUCUCUGAGGAGCUUGUCCUCUCCAACAGUCUAGACUCCAGCGGCAUCAAAAUCCCAGAAGCCACCAUGAACUUCGACCCAGAUUGCUUCCUGAACAACCCGAAACAGGGCCAGACAUAUGGGGGAAGUGGUUUAAAGCAGGAGAAUGGCAUAUCCAGUGCCUCAUCCUCCUCAACAGCUAGCACCAAUGGUUUGCGACGCUCACCACCUAUAUCCGAUUCAAACUACGGAUUCAGUUCUGCACUGGUGAAGAACAUCAAGACCGAGGACACCUCCUUUGAGCAACAGCUAGCCGAAGAAGGGAGCUACCAAGUGGGGCCAGUUGUAAGCUGUAGCGUUUCCAGCUGUUCAAGCUCCCAGAACUCACUCACCUUGACCCCUGCUGCCUCUCUGCUUCCCUCUGGAGGGGGCCUGAGUCCAAGCACCACACUGGAGCAGAUGGAUUUCAGUGCCAUUGAUGCAAAGCAGGACUACUCCGCCGGUGCCACAGCAGUUAGUUAUAGCCAGGCAAUGAACAACUUAGCUCACCAAAACAGAUCUCCAAGUUUUUUUCUUCAAGAAGCACCACAGACAGCCCAGAACCAGCAAGGCCGGCAGAGCUCCAGCCAGAAGGGCCACCUUAUGGAACAUAACACCGCUGAUGGGGCCUACAUGGGUCUGCAGGUUGUAAAGACGGAAUCGCCUGGCAGUAAUGGUCAUCUCCACCACCAUCACACCCACCAGGGCCAACACAGAUCCAACUGCAAUGGAGGCUCACCCACCGAGGGACAGGGACAGACUAGCUCACUGCAACUCCUUCAAUACCAAGGAGGUUUCCCAGGCCUUGGUCCUGAGCACGAGGAAGUGGUCGGUAUGGAUCAGAACCACAGUGUUGGGGCCGGCCAGUCUGGGGCCACUGAAAAUGGGACAGAUGGUUUGCUAAAGUCUGGGGAUCAUCUACAAGCCUGUGGAGGAGGAAGUGGAGAGAGCGGAGGAGCAGAUCACUUCAUGCAGCAGAGCUCAGAGAACGGAGCCAGAGCUGAGGCCGUGGCUUUGAGGAAUGGAAACACCACGAGUGGGCCCAACAGCGGCUCACAACAGCAACUCCAGCCAUUGCUUCAGGGAGCUAAUUUGGUUCAGGGGCUCUACAACACUCACCACGGUCUUAGUGGAGCCGGAGCCAAUGGCGGAGGAGGCACAGGCAUGGAAAUCAGCUUGGAUCAUUUUGACAUUUCUUUUGGAAACCAGUUUUCUGACCUCAUCAACGAUUUCAUCUCAGUGGACAGCGGAGCCACAGCGGUAGGGGCUGCAGGGACAUUAUACACCCACCAGUUGGUGGCCCCGCUUGGGUCAGAAGGAACUGCCACCUCAGGUGGGAACCAACAGCAAAAUCAUGAGGAUGCAGCCAACAGGGCGGCAGGAUAUAGCCCCUCUGAGCUCUGCCUCCAGUCGUGCUGCAGCCCCCAGUCUUUAGGUGGAGGUGCUGGUGCUGGCGGAGGGACAGGAGACACAGGCUCACUGGCUUACAUGCAUGUCGCUGAAGUAGUGUCAGCAGCAGUGGCCCAGGGCACUCUGGGAAUGUUGCAGGCCACUGGGCGACUUUUCAUGGUCACUGACUACUCUCCAGAGUGGUCCUACCCAGAGGGUGGUGUGAAGGUCUUAAUCACAGGGCCAUGGCAAGAAGACAGCAGCAUCUACACUUGCCUGUUUGAUCAGAUCUCUGUCCCUGCCUCCCUCAUCCAGCCCGGAGUUUUACGUUGCUACUGUCCCGCCCAUGACACAGGCUUGGUGACUCUGCAGGUGGCUGUCAGUAAUCAUAUCAUCUCUAACUCGGUUGUGUUUGAGUAUAAAGCCCGUGCACUGCCCUCCCUACCUUCAUCCCAGCAUGACUGGCUGUCACUUGACGAUAACCAGUUCAGAAUGUCCAUCCUGGAGCGGCUGGAACAGAUGGAGCGCAGGAUGGCUGAGAUGGCCGGUCAGCAGCAGCAGGGCAGCGGAGGAGCAGCAGGAACUGGAGGGGGAGGUGGAGGUGGAGGAAACGGAGGCUCCAAUAGCCAGUCUCAGUGUAUCUCGGGACAAGCAGGAAGCUCUUUUGAGAGUCGUGUGGUGGUUGUUUGUGAGAAGAUGAUGAACAGAGCCUGCUGGGCAAAAUCUAAACAUCUGAUUCACUCCAAGACCUUCCGGGGCAUGACCUUGCUACACCUUGCUGCAGGCCAAGGCUACGCCACCCUCAUCCAGACUCUCAUCAAAUGGCGCACAAAGCAUGCAGACAGCAUUGAUCUGGAACUUGAGGUGGACCCUCUCAACGUGGAUCACUUCUCGUGUACUCCACUGAUGUGGGCUUGUGCAUUGGGUCACCUAGAGGCAGCUGUGGUCUUGUACAAAUGGGACCGGAGAGCACUGGCCAUCCCAGACUCUCUAGGGCGCCUGCCCCUCUCCAUCGCCCGCUCCCGUGGCCACACCAAGCUGGCAGAGUGUCUGGAGCAGCUCGAGAGGGAGGAACAGCAACAGCAGCAGACCCCAUCCUCUUUACCUCCCACUUCUAGCAUGUCUUUCUCUCCCAACCCCGACAUCCCCACCUCCAACAGCUGGAUGGUCAGCUGGAGCAGUGACAGUAUGGUGGCCCCCAGCGGCCAGAACACUGGUACAGCCACCACUACUACAAGCCCUUGCACCAACCAGAACCCUGAUUUGAGAAGACCGAGAUCAGAGCCCUCCAGCUAUUACAGCAACGAGUGCCAGCAGGACCUCCCCCUCGCCAAAAAACACAAGCCCAACCCCGAGCUCGUGCAAGCACAGCUGGAUAAGCCCAUGUCGGUUCCCUUGAACAUGGAGCAGCAGACACAUAAACUGUCAACCAGCCCUAAGACCCUCCCUUCUACCCCAUCCAGCCCGGAUAAGAGCGUCUCAGAGGGGGGUUUGGGGACAGUGGGAAUUCCGCAAGCCAAGAUGGCCUCUUACCGCGGAGGGCAUAAAUGGGGCCCUAGAGAAGUGCUCAGGAAGGGAGGCAUCAGUGGAGUAGGGAAGGAGAAGUUGGCCAGCCGGUUGCGACAGCGUGGCAGAUCCCUCAGCAUGCUGGGAAUGGUGGAGAGAGAGAUGGUAGACACUGAGAUACUUUCUUACAAGGAGGAUCUAGAGAACCAGGACUGCCUCUCACACAUGGAAGACCUGCAGGCGAAUAUGAUGAGCCUGGCAGAGCACAUCAUUGAGGCCACUCCGGAGCGUAUCAAGCGGGAACAUUUUCCAACCUUGGAGUCUGUUCCUCUGGACAACAGUGGGCUCACCAACACCAUGAGCUGGUUAGCCAAUUACCUGGGAGACGUGGAACACUUGCCCAGCAUCAUCCACUUGAGUCCCAUAUACAGUGAACCCCUGACCCCUCCCUCCAACCCUAGCCUGAGCCCGGGUAACUCGCCCAUGCGUGAGGGUCAGUUUGAGAAGCAGACCUUGCCUGCUCCGUCCGAGUGGAGUGAGUUUCUCAGAGCCUCCAACAGCAAAGUGGAGAGAGAGCUGGCCCAGCUCACGCUGUCCGACCCCGAGCAGAGGGAACUCUACGAAGCCGCACGGCUGGUGCAGACCGCUUUCCGCAAGUACAAGGGACGCCCACUGCGCGAGCAACAGGAAGUAGCCACUGCUGUCAUUCAGCGCUGUUACAGGAAGUACAAGCAGCUAACAUGGAUAGCCUUGAAGUAUGCACUUUAUAAGAAGAUGACGCAGGCCGCCAUCCUUAUCCAGAGUAAGUUCCGCAGCUACCACGAGCAGAAGAAGUUCCAGCAGAGCCGGCGGGCGGCCGUGCUGAUCCAGCAGUGCUACCGCAGCUACAGAGAGUUCGGCCGGCUGAGGCCUCACCGCAGAGCGGCCACCAGAGCACUGGUCCAGCACAAACGCAGAAGCAGUCUUCUCACUAAGAGGCAGGAUCAGGCCGCCCGCAAGAUCAUGAGGUUCCUCCGCCGCUGCCGCCACAGCCCCUUGAUGGACCAUAGACUAUUCAAGCGGAGUGAGAGAAUUGAGAAAGGCCAGGGAACAUGAGAGCGUCCAGAAGAGCCCCCUCACAAUGUGACAUUAUUCUCCAGACUCUUCCUUUCAGUUUUUCUGUUUCAACCAGAGACGUUUUACAAGAGGAAAAAAAAAUAGCAAGAACACUGCAACUCUUACUACUACUGUAUGACUGAUACUUCGGCUACUAAACAACUGCGUUUUUCAUAUCUCUUUAUUCCUUCUGUGUUUCUUUUUUGAAGGAAAGAGCCAACUGCUGUGGAUCAAAAACUCUAAGGACGUUGUUUAAGGAGGAACAUUUGCUUCAUGGCAUUUUUUGCACUUUUUAAUGGAUUGAUUUGUCAUUUUGGAUGAGCAUUUAGAUGUUUUGUUUGAAAAAGAAAAAAAAAGGAUGGACGGAAGUCCUGCUCUUCAGUGGCUUGUAAAGAGAAGAUAAAUGAAGUUGACAUAAUAUGGAGUCGACACAGAAACAUGGCCGGACCUGUUCCGAGUGUAUUUCAUAGUUAUUUAAAAGAAGUGUUUAGUGGGUAAAAUUGUUACCAAAAAUGAUGAAUAAUUAGUUUUUGUAUAUGCUUUACUCCACAACCAGACAAAUUCGUCAGAAACUUCUUCCAGUCUGUCCCUUAUGCGCACCAGUCUUUCCUAGCUACAAGAGGACUGGGUAGCAAAUGAAUGUAAGAGGGAAACGAGCAGGCUUGGGUGACGUAUCAAAUGCUAAUGUUGAUCUUCUAAUAAGAUGUGUGAAAAACACAGGUAUACAUACAGUUUUAACCAACAACUGUUUUCAAAUUGAUGAUUUUCUGCCAGUUCAAAGUUAGUGAGGCAUCACAGUGCAGUGGAUCGCUCCGGACAGAGCUUGUCUUAUGCAUGCUUGAAACUAGGCCAGUCUUUUCAUUGGUUUGGUUUUAACUCCAUGAAUGUACUGGAGACACCAAAUGUCGUCACCUCUGCCCAUCAAUUACUAUUGGCAAGUUUGUAAAGUUUUCUUUUGUUAAUCCAAUGUUAAACGGUCACUUUGUUCAGUUAAAAAAAAAAUCAACUUCAGAGGUUUUCUAAGCUCUUUAAAGGAAAAUGACAUGCAUUGCCUUGAUAUCUUAGACAUACUUUAAAGAGUCUCCACACCUGGGGUUAGACGAAUCCAUAUUUUUGACAUUUGAGCGGUUCCUGUACAUAAAGAGGGUUGCCGGUACGCAAAGUAAAACAUUUAUCUAAGCGGGAUUGUAUUUUAGAAAUAUAUUAUUUUACUCAUUGAAAGGGAUCAAAAGAAAUUAGCAUCAAAAUCUGAAUAUUUGUAUAGUUUUGUUUGAAUGCCUAAGAAGUAUGGUUGUAUCGUUUGUACAUAGUGUAAAUACCUGGGAAAAAGUCAAGCUAUUGUAUGUGCAUGACAAAAAUGAACAAAGAUACAAAAAAAAAGAGUUCAAAAGCAUUAGUGGCUAUGCUCUCUAAAAUUAUUUCACUAUAAGAGUAUUUUAUUUUACUUUGAAUGUUCUUGAGAAGAGCAUUUUGCUGAAGCAUGACUUUCCUGCAAUUAUGAAAAAUACUGUAUUUAAGAGGUAGGAGAAAAGGCAAAAUGAUCAUUAGGUUAUGUUUACAUCUGUUUGUUUGUUGGUUUUUUUCUGGGCUACCAAGAAUCUUUUUGCCAAUGGUGCCAAGUAAUGUGAAUGCUACUGCUUAAAGGAAGUUAAUCAUUGCUGAACAGAUAAUCACCUGGUAAAACACGAUCAGAUUCACUUGCAUUAGCAGCAACACAGUCGGUCAAGGAUGAUGGUGUAUUCAGGAAGUAUCUUUAAGUGGAUUACAUAUCUCAUUUGGUUUCGUUGUACUGUAUAUUUGUUUGUUUUGUGUUCUGAAUAAUUAUUAUGUCAAUGAAAUGAUGUAAAGUAUGUUUUUCUGUUAUGCAGGUAGUGGAGCUUACAGCGGCGUUAUGCAGCUUUAAGUGUAACAUUCUGACAGUCUAAUUCAACAAGAUGUGCAAAAAAAAACCUGUGAGUUGACAGUAAAGAAGCUGUCUGAAAUUAUGACAGAUCCACACUGCUACACUGAUUGAAAGACUGGGUUCCCUGUUAUGCAUUUAAACGGGAUUCUUUUGGUGCUAAAACGUUGGCGACAAGGGCCAGGUAGACCUCCAAAGAUCAAUCCGUUUCACCGGUGUUGCAGUGACGUUACUUUUAACAGCAGGUGUCGCUGUGGCUUUUGAACAGGAGAAAGUAUAUGAAAGCGCUCUUGAGAAUGAGUUCUAAUGCACUGAAAAAAUGUGUAGAUUUCAGUUUCCCCUCAUGUUAAAAUGCUUUUUUGUCAUAUUUACUAUUUGCGUCUCUGUUCAAGAGAAUGAUAUGUAAAUGUUUUCUUCAGAGCGCUUAUGUUGGAAGUGCCUGGUCGUAUUCUAAAUCCAGCGAGCCGUGUCAGUCUGCAUGUGAGGUUUGCGAUGGACUGGCAUUAGCGAGAACUGAAUUAUAGUCUGUCCGUUUUUAUUUACCGUUAUGUAACUUGUUUCUUUGUCCGUGCUUUCUCCGUGUAUCUCAUUUUAGCGCACCAAGAAUUUAUGGCUUUGUCAUAACUCACGUCCUCUAUGGAACUGCCAGAUGAACCGGCGAGGACUGCAGAUUCUGUCCGGCUGGUUCUUGCCUUGCAUUCAUCAUUCCGGUAGCAGAAUAGGUUGUCAGCUGAUGCACUGCGGUGGCAACUCUCGAGUCUUAUUAUGCUUGCAUGGGUAACAUAGAUAACUGGGUGACUGAAAGAGCACCCAAAGCAUGCUUAUUUUUGUAGAUUUGGUAGUCAGGUAGACUUGUCGAAGAAAUACUGUUCAGUAAAGCAGCUGGUGUUAUGGGUUGCAGAACUUGAAACAGACAGAGGGCUUCGAAACGUAACUUAACUUUACAAUACAAAAAGUCUAAACAGCUGGCAAUUUGUCAGUACUACUCAUAUUUACAGGGGCAGCAUGAAUCUUUUU